UAUUUCCACAUUGGAUACCGCACGCGAAAGUACGUUUUAUAGUUUUUUCAGUGAAUUUGUGGAUUUUCGUGUUAAUAAAGUGUUCCAAAAUGGCGUACUAUGAUUAUAAAGUUGCCGGUGCAUCCCUCCCACCUCCACUGACGGACAAACUACGGCUGUACCAUGUGGAGAUGAACCCAUAUGGACACAGGGUUCUUUUGGUGUUGGAAGCCAAAAGGGCAAAAUACGAGGUUUACCGGCUGGACCCUUUAAACCUACCUGCGUGGUUCAGGGCUAAAAACCCUAGACUUAAAAUCCCGGUAUUAGAGAUACCAACGGAUCAAGGAGACAAAUACUUAUUCGAGAGUGUGGUCAUAUGUGACUAUCUAGACGAGAAGUAUGCCGCCAACCCUCUACACUCAAGAGACCCAUACGUUAAGGCGCAGGAUCGCCUUUUAAUUGAGAGAUUUAAUGAGCUGAUAAAAGGCAGCCUUGAGUGCUUCGAUACAAACUUCGCAUUCGGCAGUGAGCAAAUUAUACAGACAUUGGAUAUUUUUGAAAAAGAGCUCGCAUCCAGAGGGACAUACUACUUCGGCGGUGAUCGACCCGGCAUGCUCGACUACAUGAUCUGGCCGUGGGUAGAACGACUUUACUUACUGAGAUGCGUCAAUGAAAAGAAGUUCGAUGAAAAGAAGACUAUAUUCCCCAAUUUCGCCGACUGGGGAGAUCAGAUGCAGCUCGACAGGGUAGUCAAAAAGCACUCCAGCUCGCCGGCCGAAUACUUUGAUUAUUACAAAAACGCUAGAACCCACACAAUGGGUUACUACCUUUAAGAUUAAAGUGUUUAUGGCACGUACAGUCAGCAAAAAAGGUAGGUUGGCACUCGCCAGUACAAACGACUAUGGAUGGGUGCAAACUUAACUUUGUUGCUGACUGUACUACCUAUAGUUUUUCUUUAAAUUUCGCAGUGGCGAAUAAAAUUUUCUUUAAUAUGUUUACAUUAAGUAUAAUCUAGUUUUCCUUAGCUCAACUAACGACUGAAAUUAAUAAUCAGUCUUUCUGGAAUUUUUUAAUAAGUCACUUAACAAUGUUAUUAGUUGUCUAAAAUGUAUGGUAUUUUUGACAAAUAACAACGUUGCUAAGAAACUUAUCGACAG